AUGCUCCCAGUCCUUAAUGUUCCUGCAAUGAUCUCUGAACCUACAAAACGUCGAUUGGAGAGUAAAUAUGCCCCAAUUGCACCUCAAGGAGGUGAACAAUAUAUUCAAGCUCACAGUCAAGCAUCAUGUUCAAAUGCUCAUGAUAGGGUGAUGCCUGAGCAUCAGGUACAAUCUUCAUCAUUGGGGAAUUUAGCUCCAAAUCAGCAGAAUUCUCGAACUCUACCUUCGAGAGAAGUUACAGACGAGAAUUUUGACGAUGCCUACGUAGGCUUCAUCAUGUACUGCAAUCCUACUGUGGCAGCAGACACAGAUACUGCUGAACUCAGGCGAAUAUUCCGGGCGCCCCCAAAAAGUGAUAACAAGAGUUUCAGCACUUUUAUAUUAUUCGAAUUGAUUCGUAAAUUAGAGAACAAGGAGAUUAAAACAUGGGCACAACUGGCAAUAGACCUAGGAGUUGAGCCUCCUGCUUUGGAGAAAGGUCAAAGUGCUCAGAAGGUACAACAGUAUGCGGUUAGGCUCAAGCGAUGGUUGCAUGCAAUGCAUGUUGAUGCUUUCUUUGAAUAUUUAUUGAAUAAACCCCAUGUAUAUUGGACGCAAGUACCACCACCUAAUGAACCACCAUCUGAGCUUGGCCGAGAUGGGGUUACUGCUGAUGAAGAUUUGGCUCUUCGUGCUUUGCUUCCAGAGACAAGGCCUAAGCGCGGGAGAAAGAAGGCUGAAGACAGGGAGGAUGAUGACAUGGGAAGAUCACCGUCUCAGCGUCCUCGUUUACAUUCGCCUACUUUGUCCGAAGAAUUUAUGAUUACUAGAGCUUCUUUGCAUCCAGAUAGUGCUACUUCAGCGACAGCAACUUCUUCAUUUCAGCAAGGCUUUGAUUCCCGAUUGAGUCCAUGGUCUGCAACAGAAGUUCGAGGUUCUUUAGUGGAUAAUUUUAGAUGGGGUGCUCCACCCGAAAGUGCAACUCCUCUAUCAGCUUAUCCACAAUCGGCUCUUACACCCUCAACCAGAACACAUCUUUGGCCGGAUAGUAAUGAACCUCAGUCUGCUACAACGCCAAAUAAAUCACGAUCUAGACGUCGUCAUGGUCCUGCGGUAUCAUCAGCAUGGCCAAGCAAUGGUAGUACAUCGGCUGGAAAAUUACGGGGCAGACCACCGAGCAAUCGUUCUGUUACUGAUGGCCCUUUCUCGACUUUCCCUGCCAAUCCUGGUUCUAUAAGGGACACACCAAGUGCUACACCUACAGUAGCAGAUUCUGAAAUUCCAAAUUUCUUUCCCGCGGGCGUCGAAGCCAAUCCACCUGUUAGCAAUCCACAUGUUAGCAAUCCACAUGUUAGCAAUCCACAUGUUAGCAAUCCACAUGUUAGCAAUCCACAAACUCAAAAUUCUAGACCAAAUCGACUUUCACUGCAAGUCCCACAAAGAAAAGGUGGCAAUGUUCGAUUAGCGACACCACCACCACCUGUCGUACUCCUCAAUGGUGAGGCCGAUACGAAUAUGCAGCAUGAUUUAAUGAGCCAAUCUCAACAAACAUCGUUAAUGGAGUACUUCAACAACCCCAUCAACGGACCUUCGGACCCUAGCUUUGAACACUUUGUUAGCAUAGCAUUUCGUCAAAACGAAGAUUUUGAUCGCACCAACAUCGAUGCUCUAGAGUCUCACUUUAUAGGCGAAAUCCUUGUCGCCGAAUGCGCUAGCAGGCGGUCCAUUGAUGACGCGUCUUCGCGUUACAAGGAUUGA